AUGGACCAACAACGGUUUCUGGAACAGCUCCAGAUUGUGUUAGACCCGAGCAAAGGAAACGUCAAGUCUGCGACCAGCGUUUUACAGAACGAAUUCUACAAGCAGCCCGAAUCAUUGCUAUUUCUCAUACAACUCAUUAUCUCGCAUGACUUGACCUCCCUCAAGCAGCUUGCCGCUGUGGAAGCCCGACAGCUGGUGCCCAAGCACUGGACAAGGAUAUCUGCCAACCAACGACCACAUGUCCGAUCUCAGUUGCUGCAGGCGACGAUUGCCGAAAACGAUGGCAAAGUUCGACAUGCGGCCGCCAGAUUGAUUUCCGCAAUCGCGAAGCUCGACCUGAACGAUGGGGAGUGGGCGGACUUGCCUAGCUUCCUGCAAAAGGCUGCAACGAGUAGCAAGCAAGAGGAGAGGGUGGUGGGAACGUACAUUCUGUUCAGCAUAUUGGAAACGAUGGGGGAUGCAUUCAGCGAGCGGUUUAGAGAUCUAUUUGCGCUCUUUGGAAAUACUAUCCGUGAUCCAGAGAGCAACGAGGUUAGAAUCAACACUAUGCUUGCUCUAUCAAAGAUGGCUAUGGUAAUAGACGAGGAAGAUGACCAAGCCUCGGUAAAGGCCUUCCAAGGUCUCUUUCCCUCAAUGGUUGGCGUACUCAAGGACACCAUAGAUGCUGGAGAGGAAGACCGAAUCAUGCAGGCAUUCGAGGUCUUCCAAACACUCCUGGGUUGUGAUUAUCAGCUCAUGUCUAAGCACUUCCAGCACCUUGUCAUCUUCAUGAACCAGAUUGCCUCAAACAAGGAUUUAGCCGAGGAUACCAGAGUACAGGCAAUCAGCUUCUUGAUGCAGGCGGUACAAUACAGGAGACUCAAAAUCCAGGGCAUGAAGAUAGGCGAGCAGCUUGUUAUGAGCAUGUUACAAAUCGUGACAGAGCUGGGUGACUCAGCCGCAGACGAUGAUGACAUUACUCCGGCUCGCUCUGCCCUGGGUUUGGUAGGUUCGAUGGCUCAACAACUGCCUUCGAGCCAAGUCAUUGUACCUCUACUCAAGGCCUUGCGCCAAUUUUCCGGACACAGCGAUCCUGAUUAUCGAAGAGCUGGCAUCCUUGCGUUAGGAAUGUGUGUUGAGGGCGCACCAGACUUUGUUGGCACCCAGGUUCAGGAUUUCAUUCCGGUCGUACUUCGCCUGCUUGAUGAUCCCGAAGUCAAAGUGCGGCAAGCAGCCUUGCAUUCAGUUGCACAACUAGCCGACAAUGUACCACAGGAUCUGGGAAAGCAGCACAAGAAGCUGAUGCCAAUGUUACUAAAGAACUUGACUGCUGCUAUGCAGGCAUAUCAGGGCGAAGAAGAUGGCCCAAACAUUGAGAUGAUGAAGGCCGGUUCCAGUGCGAUAGAUGCCAUGGUAGACGGUAUGGAGAAGGAAGAUGCCAGCCCAUAUCUAGAACAGUUGACACAACUUCUUCAAAGGCUGUUCCAACAUCCUGACUUCAAAAUCAAGGCACUGGCCGCAAGUGCACUAGGCUCCCUUGCAUCAACCGUAGAGUCUGCGUUCUUACCUUACUUGGACGAUUCCAUGCAUUCAAUGCAGGAGUUCGCCACGAAGAAGGAGAGUGAAGACGAGCUCGAUCUCCGAGCUAGCAUUACUGAUGCCAUGGGCGAGUUCGCUGUGGCUGCUGGCCCAGAGAAGUUCAAGAACUACGUGGCUCCCCUGAUGCUCGCUUGCGAAGAGGCGUUGAGCCUGGACCAUUCGCGACUGAAGGAGAGCACCUACAUCCUCUUCGGUUCACUGGCAAAAGUCUACGAAGAGGAGUUUGCACAUUUUCUGCCAGGAGUUGUUAAGGCACUCUUUGAUUGUCUUGAUCAAGAAGAAGCCGACAUAGAGGUCGAUCUUGGGGAAAGGGCCAGUGAUCUUCUGGGUAAAGAAGUUACUAUUGCCGGCAAGAAAGUCAAGGUCGCAGCUGCGACCGAUGACGAUGUCGCUGGAGAGGAUGGCGGCAUAGGAGAUGUAGAGACCUAUGAUGACGACGAAGACGACUGGAACGAUUUGACCACAGUUGGACCAAUUGCCCUUGAGAAGGAAAUCGCAAUUGAAGUCCUGGGAGACGUCAUAUCCAACUCGAAGAGCGAGUUCUUACCAUAUCUGGAAAAGUCGAUUGAAAAGAUUCUGCCUUUGAUUGAGCAUGAGUUCGAGGGCAUUCGGAAGGCAACCGUCAGUACGCUACACCGCGCAUAUGCUGCGCUUUGGGACGUAGAGGAGGAAGCCGGACACAUCCAGAAGUGGCAACCUGGAUUACCACUCAAGGUCGAACCGUCACCAAGACUCAAGAAAUUCGGCGAAGUUUUAAUGGCAGGAACCAUUACCGUUUGGGCCGACGAAGACGAUAGGACGACUGUCAUGGAUACGUCGCGAUCCCUUGCCGAGAAUCUAAAGCUUACGGGUCCGAAUCUGGUCUCAUAUCCUGAUGUCCUGGAGAAGGUGGUCAACGUCGUUAUGGCACUUAUCACAAAAAAGCACCCUUGUCAAGAGGAGCUGUCGCUAGAAGCAGAAGCCGACCUCUCUGACAUUGAAAUCACAGAAUUCGAUUGGCUUGUGGUCGAUAGCGCUAUGGAUGUAAUAUCCGGUCUUGCCGUCGCACUUGGCCCUGAUUUCACUCAGCUGUGGAAGAAAUUUGACAAGCACAUCCUCAAGUAUGCUUCGGGAGGGGAAGCGCUCGAGCGAUCUACCGCUGUCGGCGUCCUCGCCGAGGUCAUCACAGGGAUGGGGAGUAGCGUCACACCGUACACCGCUCAACUUGGACAGAUAUUGCUCAGAAGACUUACUGACGAAGACCCGCAAACUAAGAGCAAUGCUGCAUAUGCAAUUGGUAGGCUAGUCGAGAAAAGCCAUGAUUCUGCUACUGUUGCGAAGGCAUUCCCCCCGAUUCUCAGCAAGGUCCACAACUUAUUCACCAUUAAGGAGGCCCGCUGUCAAGAUAAUGCUGCUGGCUGUAUCAGUCGACUCAUCCUAAAGCAUCGGGAAGCCGUUCCUACCGAUGAAAUAUUACCGGAGCUGAUCGAAAGCGGCAUUCUACCUCUGAAAGAGGACUAUGAAGAGAACGAGCCGGUGUGGAAGAUGAUUGUGCAAAUGUACAAGUGGGAAGACCAAACCAUCAUCGACCUGACCCCGAAGCUGAUCCCUGCCAUCAAGGCCGUGUUGGGCGAGCCCGAAGAGCAGCUGAAUGAUGAGACGAGGGAGCAGGUGCAACAACUGGCUGUGUUUCUGCAGCAAAAUAUGUCCUUAUGA